AGAGAAAGAGAGAGUCUCUGCAGCAUCAUUCGAGAGUCUCUCUCGCGCGUGCAGUGCGGUAGAACGUGCAGGUGAUGGGAGGAGGAGGAGGAGGAAGAGGAGGGAGGUGCGUGGUCCGAGCAUGAGGGACUUGGACUUCAGGGGGCAAAAGACGCAUAGAACACGCGGAACAGUUCCCGCAACACACUUCCUCCACUCUCACGCGAGCUCCCCAACCGGUCUGCCGAUUACUUUUUUUUCAUUAAUCUGUCCGGUCGGUGCGCGCGAGGCUGCAGUUUGUUCCUAAAGCUCAGGACUCCAUAAGCGGUCCAUAACUUUUAUUUAUUUAACGGGAUUGUAGAAACGCGGGCGAUUGGCACGCAGGCAGCAGACUGCAGAGGAGACUGAGGUAAGAGGAGGAACCGGGAAGAGGAGACUUUACUGAGGAGAAAAGAGAGAAAAGGGCAAAAUAAAGCAGAGGAGACUCCAGUUUAUUCCCGAGCAAGGACAAAGACGCCGUUGUAAGGAAGAGAGAGAGCGAUAUAUAUAGUGAUAGAUAGACAGAUAGAUAGAGGGAGGGAGAGAAGCGUCCCGAGUUGAAGUCACGGAUCUCUCUCUCUCUCUCUCUCUCUCUCUCUCUCUCUCUCUCUCUCUCUCUCUCUCUCUCUCUCUCUCUCUCUUUUGUGUUCUACUGCAUUGCAGUUUAAACCCGGUGCAAAGCGAAAGAGAGCAGCUCGCGCGCCGUGCAGCAUCUAAAUGAACCGGAGAGAAAAAAAACGGUACCGAGUGGAUAAUCUUUUUAUUACAGAUUGGAUCUUCGCUAAAGAGGAUGUGUUUUUGUCUUAAUGCGUUCAUCUCGCACGUGCAGACGUGACUGGAGCAACUAAGGAAGUGCAAGAUCAUCUAAAAAAGAGAAACACACACACACAUACAGGCAGGUACUAAAAAUUAUUUCUGGAACUGGAGCACGAGGAAACUGAACAGAGAUAAAGAAAGAAAGAAGGAAAGAGAAAGAGAGCCAUGGGGAGCUUGAGCGUUGGCGCAGUGAACACGCAGCUCGGCUGCUACCUCGUGCUCGUGCUGCAGAUGCUGACUCAGGUCGAUUCAGCGCUGCGUUACCGGGUCGCUGAAGAAGGUCCGGCGGAUGUGCGCAUCGGCAACGUGGCCAACGACCUCCGGCUCGCGACGUCCAACAUUGGUACAGGCGAUGUGACUUUUGCGCUGGAAUCCGGUGCAGAAUACUUCAAGAUAGAUAACGUGACAGGUGAGCUGACCACCAGCACCCGGCGUAUAGACCGUGAGAAGUUACCACAGUGUGCCAUGAUAUUUGACGAGAACGAGUGUUUCUUGGACUUUGAAGUUUCAGUGAUUGGGCCACUCCAAAGCUGGGUGGAUCUUUUUGAAGGCCGUGUCGUUGUGACCGACAUCAACGAUAACACACCGUCGUUCCCGUCUCCCAUGCUAACUUUGUCUGUGGAGGAAAACAGACCGAUCGGAACACUUUAUCUUCUGCCCACAGCUACGGAUCGUGACUUCGGACGCAACGGUAUCGACCGCUAUGAGCUUGUGCACCAGGAUGCCGUUUCCGGGUCGCGCAGACCCAAUCCCAGCAUGGCUACAGGAACCGAAAGGAAUGGUGGUGGUGAGAGGAGGCGUGUUCAAGAAUCUGGGCCUACACAAAAUGGGCGGAGCAACAGUGUGUUUGAGCUGCAAGUUGCCGAUACACCUGAUGGACAGAAACAGCCACAGUUGAUUGUAAAAGGGCCGCUGGAUCGAGAGGCCCGUGAUUCCUAUGAGCUAAUUCUCAGAGUACGAGAUGGUGGAAAUCCACCACGUUCUUCUCAAGCACUGCUCCGUAUCUCUAUUACCGACGUCAAUGACAACAAUCCUCGAUUUGAAAGGGCUGUUUAUGAAGCUGAAAUGGCUGAAAACACACCUCCAGGAACUCCUGUGCUUCAGGUCCGAGCUUCAGAUCGUGAUGUUGGUGUAAACGGACAGGUGGAAUAUGUUUUUGGUGCCGCAACAGAAUCCGUACGCCGGCUACUUCGCCUUGAUGAGGCCUCAGGUUGGCUCAGUGUGUUGCACCGUAUUGACAGGGAGGAAGUUUCCCAACUUCGUUUUACAGUAACUGCAAAAGAUAGAGGCCAACCACCUCGCACAGACCGUGCCACAGUCAUACUCAACGUACGAGACGAAAACGACAAUGUUCCUGUUAUUGAUAUCCGCAAAAUUGGACGCAUCCUUGUAAGAGACGGAGCUGCUAUGGUGCCUGAGAACGUUCUAGUGGACACUCCUGUAGCAUUGGUCCAAGUUUCUGAUCGUGAUCAAGGGGAGAAUGGUGCUGUGACCUGUACGGUGGUGGGAGACGUCCCGUUUACGCUAAAACCUGCAGGAGAAAAUGCGUUAGCUCCUCCUCCAGCUGUUGACGAUGCUUUCGAACGAAACAAAAAGAAGUUUUUCCUGCACACCUCGGCACUUUUGGACUAUGAAACCACUAGGGAUUAUUCAGUCACGAUUGUUGCGGUGGAUUCAGGAAGUCCAAGUUUGUCUGUUAACAGCACUUUGAUGGUGCGAGUGGUGGAUAUAAAUGAUCACGCUCCGACAUUCGCUCAAAAUCUUGUGGAAGUUCAUUUUGCUGAAAACAACACACCUGGGGAGCGAGUGGUCACUGUGGUGGCAUCAGAUGCCGACAGCGGCAAAAAUGCAGAAAUUGCGUAUUCCCUGGAUCCGUCUGUGAACGGUACUUUUUACAUAGACACUGAUAAUGGAGAUAUACGUGCGACUGGAGUGUUAGAUCGAGAACAACGUGACAGAUAUGAGUUUCGUGUAAUCGCCCGAGACAAGGGCACUCCAUCUUUACAAGGUUCUACAACCGUGGUUGUCCAGAUAACAGAUAGGAAUGACAAUGCUCCAAAGUUUGUCCAGGAUGUCUUCAUGUUUUAUGUCAAAGAGAACUUGCUUUCCAACAGCCCUGUCGGCAUGUUGACUGUUACUGACGCAGAUGGUGGGGAGAAUGCGGAGUUGAGCUUGUUUGUAGAGGAAGACGAUGAUGAAGAAGAAAAUGAAACAAGAAGUAGGAAGCAGGAAACAGUUACCAAGACUUUCUCUAUUGAGAAUAACACCGGAACCAUCUUUUCUGCAUUGUCGUUUGACCGUGAGCGCAGAAGCACAUAUAAAUUUCGUGUUCGGGCCAUAGACGGAGGUGAACCACCCCGAUCCGCAACUGCGACGGUCUCUCUCUAUGUAACAGAUGAAAACGACAAUCCUCCAUACAUCCUUGCACCAUCAAAUGAGUCAUACACACUUCUAACCCCCUCGAGUGGUGCCCGCACUGUUGUGAGAACCGUGACAGCCUCGGACAGCGAUGCCGGGUCGAACGCAGACCUCCGCUACGCUCUGAUUGGUGGAAACCCCUUUCAUCUGUUUGAGAUCGGCCCAAGCAGUGGCGUCAUCACGCUAACCGAGCCGCUGGAGAGACGACACCGAGGACUUCACCGCCUGGUGGUACGAGUGAACGACAGUGGAGUUCCCUCACUGUGUGCCACUGCGCUCGUUCAUGUCUUUGUUAAUGAGAGUCUCACCAACGCCACCCUGGUGGACGCUCAGGUGGCACGCAGUUUGGGGGUCCCCCUGUCCCUGGACAUUGCAGGAGACCCUGAUAAUGACAGGAUUCUGGGUAAGCAGCGUCUCAGCGUGGCGAUCGGCGUGCUGUCAGGUGCAGCUGCUGUGGUUCUCAUCAUCCUGUUAGUUCUAACGGCACGUCAGUGUGGAGCGCUUGGGAAGAACGGCUAUGAGGCCGGAAAGAAAGAACCUGAGGAGGACUUCUUCACGCCCCGCCCACCAUCACAACCACCACCCGAGAAAAAAAAGCGCCGCGAUACAGACAAACGUGAUGUCCGGUCCAAAUCUGAGCGCUCGCUGUAUGCUGGGAUCGUCACAGUGAACAGCUGCAGACGCACAGAUGAAGAAGAAGAGGAGGAAGAGGAAGUAGAGGAGGAGCAGGAAGUGAGUCAACGCAUUGGGACUAGGCGUCACCGCUCCAGUCCUGACUUGGCACGUCAUUACAAAUCAAGCUCUCCGUUACCUGCUGUUCAUCUGCAGCCCAACUCGCCACCAGUGGAGGGGAAGAAGCACCAGGCAGUGCAGGAUCUUCCUCCCACCAACACCUUCACAGGAAAUGGGAACGGGAACGCUGAUGCCAUGUCACUUAGCUCCGACCACUGCUCUGACUACAGCUGCCACAACACCAAGUACAGCAAACAGCCAUUACGCAGGGUGACGUUCUCCGUGGCGACAGAUGCUGGUUGCUAUGACAGUGGGGUGGACGAGUCAGAGACACCGAGCAGUAAGAGCAGUAAGAUAGGCGUUCUGUCUCUUCCGGAAGAUGGAUACGAGAGAACAACACCUGAAGGGAGCGUGGGGGAGGAGGAACACGUGGAGAACGACUCGAGGCAGCUCCCUGAUGUGGCUUUGACAGGAAAAUGUACUCGUGACUGUGGUGAGUAUGGCCACUCUGACACCUGCUGGAUGCCGGUGCCGCCAUCACCACGGAGACACCAAGGCAAUGGAGCACCACGGCAACGCAUGUCCAGCUUCACAUCAGCAGGCGACGACAACAACAAUCACGACAACAGUGAUCAAGAGGAAGAAGAAGGAGAGGAGGAUGACGGCUCAGACCAAGGCAGCGGAGGGGGAGGAGCCAACGACACACGCAGUCCUCUGGCUAAUGGAGAUCCACUUGCCAGCCGUCGCCACGGAGACCGCAACAGGAACAUAGGAGAUCACAAUCGAAAUUUGUUGAACCGCAAGAUGACAUCAGCAUCCUAUGACACCUUUAGCAGCGCUAGGUUUGGAGGUCAAUGCCAUGGCGAAGACUCAGAGGUGCCCCGCCCACAUGAGGUUAUUCCACUGACCCGGGCAGGGGGCGGAGACUUCAAAACAACAUCAUGCCUGACACUAUCACGCAGGGAGGUCUACCUGUAAGGAGCACCUAAGACACAAAUUCAAACCUGAGACACGAACUCACACCUGAGAUAUGAAAACAAACUCACACCUGAGACACGAACACAGACUUCCAAUUGAGACACGAAUUCGCACCUGAGAUAAAAACUCAGCUAACCUUUGUAUUUGCAUUGAGGGCUUAUUUAAACCCUGAGAUCAUACAGGAAGUUCCAAGAAAGCAUCUGAGCUACAGACCUGGACCUGAGAUAUGAGGCUAGCACUGAGCUAAGAAUCUGAACUUUAAAAGAAAAUUUGGUGUCUUAGUUACAAAAUCUGAGCUAAGCAACAAAUUCAGACCUGAGCUACUAGGAUUUGGCUUCACACCUGAAUUUGGAAUUCACCUCCAAGAUCUGAAAUGUGAAACACCUGAAACUACAAACUCUCCCUUUCCCCCUGAGAUACAAAGUAUUGAGAUCCUCACACACGACACCUGAAACCUCUCACCUGACUUCCAAAACACAACUGCCAAAACACAGCUUCCAGAUAUUGCCUGAGUUAUUAAAACACAUCUAAUCUACCAAUUUUCACCUAAGUUACUAAUCCACCUGAGCUACAAAUUCUUACAUGACAUACCAGUAGACCUGCACAGUGAGUUUACACCAUGAACUCAGCUGAGCUAUCAGAUCUCACCUGGGCUUCCUGUCCUCACCUGACCAGAUCUCGCCUGGCUUCCGUCCUCACCUGACCAGUUAUUUCCAGGGCUAACAGUCCUCACUUGAACAGGUAUUACCUGGCCUACCAAUUCUCACCUGGCCUAGCAGUUAUCAACUGGGCUACCAGUAUAAACUUGAGGUACACAUUUGAGCUACUUGAACUGUGAAUUCUACCCUGAGCUACCAGGUCUUUUCUGCACAAUGAGUUUGUACCUGAGCCACAAACUCAAACCUGGAGUGAGAUUCAUCUCCUGCUCAGGAUGAGUUUCAGGAACUUCUGGACUUUUGCUCUGGAAUUGAAUGUUUCUCAUUCCAUUAUUUCUGUGGAUGAAAAAUGAAAGCUGAGCUGAGGAUCCGAACCGAAUCGUCUCACAGACGAGCUGCGAACUGUUGAAGAAAAACUGUUGAACAUUGCAUGCUUGAUCUCCAGAUGGAAAAAAAAUCUGAAAACUAGAGGAUGUGAAACGAGUUUAUAAACUGAAUUACUUGUAGGGCUCUUUAAAAGGCGUUAAAAGUAACAAGCUGCAUGUUGGGUCUCCUGGGGGAGCUGUGAAGAAAGAGAGCGAGAGAGGGAGAGAGAGAGAGCUUCAACAGACCUGACUCUGGUGGACCUGGUGGUCUCCUCUGACGUUAUCAAGAACUAAGAAUUACAGCGCUAAGCUAACUUUAGUUUUCUGAGUGACUGUAGGUAGCUAGCUGACAUCUGCAAUGCUAAUUAGGGAUCUGUAUUUCUCACCUCAUUUCAGUGAGCUGUCAUCCAGCUAGCUGUUCAUAUUUAGCUAAUAUAAUCUGAUUACAUCAUGAAGCUAGUUUAAGAUUCCUAGUUUUAACAAAGAAUAAAACACUUAAACAUGUGUGUGAUUUCAGCCAGUGAACAGCAUUUCUUAUGUCAGAAGGACCACUACACACAUCCUGAUUUUGACUGACAGGUGUCUAUGGAUCACUGUGGGUGGAGCUUAGGUUAAAUGUGGUAGACAGACAACCAAUCACAGACUUCAUGAGGUGACUUUCAUUUUUGUGGCUCAAUAGAGUGUUAGCAUAAGACUUUCAGUUCUACAGAGCAAUCGCUAAGCUCACCAGCUUCCUUCAUGCAGCACAGCGCUAAUGUUAGCUAAUCAGUGGAAGUUAGUUAGCUUUCAAAAACUAGUGUAGUGUGAAAAGUAAAUAAUUGAGCAUGAGGUUGAUCCUGAGGUUUCCAUGAAGUUUACAAAUGGCAGAACAAGUUUAUAUUAAGCUCCACCCCUGCUGACCCAAGGGCACCUGUUGCUGAGAGAAUUCAGGACAUGUGACCGCCGCAGCCAAUCAGAGACGUGAAGUGAAAUAAAAAAAAAGUUAAAACAAUCAUUUAGCACUUAACCAAUCAAAUGUAAGUAUUCAAAUGCUCUGCAAAUCAUAUUUUAUAAAAUCAGUAGACAAACGAGGAUCAAAAUACAGUAUUUUUCUUCCGUUUCUUUAUUUCAUGGAUGCCGAACAUAAAACGGAGAUUUCACUGGACGAUGUUCGUAAAAGACUGGAAAAAAACCCCACAAAAACAACAAAACAGAGAAACAAAACGGAGUGAAAAAGGAACUGUAAUUUCUUCAUUAGCCACGUUUUCUUCAACAACAACUACAACACACACACACACACACACACACACACACACACACACACACACACAGUACAUAUUAGCCAUUGUAAGAGGAAUUAGCUGUAGCAUUUUGCCUGCUUAAUCUUCACACAUUAUUGGACUAUAAACUAAUCCUCCAUUUAAGUGCAUACAGAGUUUCAGGGCAUUAAAUAUUAAAACAUUACGAUAACAAAAUUAAUCUGUUUUUAUUUGUUUGUUGGUUUUUAUUUUUUUUAAUGUAGGUAAACCAAAUUUCUGUAAAGAUGACACUGCAUGCUUGUAAGCUAACGCUAAUUUUAAUAUAAAAAAUAGAUCCAAAAGGGAUUUAAUCUCUUUUAAAAAAAAGUGUGUGUGUGUGUCCAGGUACAGGAUCUCCAAAUCACUCUUUUUAUUUGAUUAUUAAUAACAGCUUAAUUUCAUGACGUAUUUUCAUCAUGUUUUUAACUGACCAAUCACAAGCCUUGCCCCAUUAACAAUCACAAGCCCUGCCCUGUUUCCCAAUAACAGUCUCUGAAAUCAGAACCGUCAGAUUCAUAGUUCCACAUAACAGGAAUUUUAGAUUUCAUAAAGUAGUUCUACUUGGAGCCCUUGGUGGUUCCACGAGGUUCUGCAGAAAUUCUCCCAAACUGUACCCCUUGGGGGUUUGAUCCCUGCCUCAGACCUGAGUGUGUGGAGUUUCAUCUUCAAGUACAGUACAAAGACAUGUGUUACAGGCUGCAUGGGCGUGGCUCAGAAUCAGUCAAGUUGAUGUACAUGUGUCUUGGUGUCAAUCAGUUGAUGUAUGAGUGGGCGGGGCUUAUGGUAGGUCAGUUGAUUUAUCACUAACAUGCUGCUUAUUUCAGACUUUUUUUCCAUUUUUCUUAUUAUUAUUCUUGCUCUCUUUUGUCUUCUCUUUUAUUUAUCCAUUUGCAAAAUUUUUAUUCAUUGCCAUAUGAAGAACAAGUUCAUCCAGCACCUUACAGGAUUCUUUGCUUUGUUCCUAGAAGUAGAACCUUGCAAAGGACCCUGAUGGAACCUGUUCUUCUGAGUGUGAAUUUUGGGUCUAAUUUGAGAGGUUAAAGGAACAGUUCAGUCAGUACCUGCUAGGUUAAUGCUAACAAGUUGCAGGAGUUUAUGGCCACCAUUUUAGUGACAUGGUUUCAUGUAGCUAUCUCAAACACAGACAGAAGGAUAAAGUCAAAGAGAGAAAUGAGCUUUCUUUCUCAGCACACAGUCUGGUGUCACUCCACACCAGUGUCACACUCAGGUAUGGGCGCAGCCUAAAAUCUGAGGGCGAAGCUUGUGUUGAUGAAUUUGCCUGUUUGUUAGUGUUACAGAACCAGCUGAAGACUCCUGAGACGAGUGUGGGAUUUAAACAUGCUGCUUAAAAAGCGAUAUCGUUAGCAUCAUUAGCAUUAGCCUCAUAGCUAUAGUGGAACCGAAUAUUCGGCUGAUGGAAUACGUUUAGAGGAACGGAGAGCUUAAUUUUUUUUAGAGAAUUGUUCCUUUCACCUCAGUUCUGUCAUCGUUUCUUUUAUUUUGAGCUUCAGACUGGACUCUGGAGAUCCAAAGCCAAAAAAUGGUUGAUACUUUCGUUAAAAAAAUCUAAACUAAAAUAUGACUGUGUGUUCUAUCUAGGUUAAAACCUGCUGUUCUAGAGCAGUGUGUAAUUAUUCCUGUACAGUUCAGGGUGUACAUGAACUCCUCUGUAUCUUCUCCUUUUUAUAAUGCACGUUUCUCUUUAACUGAUUCAUUAAUCAUCUCCAAGCUUUUUUUAACCAGCACUCUUCUCACGUACCGUCACACAUGGAGAGACGGCCAUGAACUUUAACCUGAACGGCAUGCUAACGGCGUUUAUUCUGCACUAAAUGAGGAACAUGUAUUUCUUACUUUGCUUUGAUGUGAUGAAUCGAUGAGUUGAUGAAUCAAUGAAUCGAGGAGUCAGUGAAUCGGUUCGCUUUGUGUUUGUGAUGAGAAACACUGAAUGAGGGCUCUGGAGCCGUUUGGUAUGUUACAGUUUGACUUUUUGACAUUAAAAUCUCUUUCAAACUU